AUGACCUUCGCCCCUCUCAAUAACAUGUACAAUCUCGACAGUGUUAUUAAAAAACGUUUAAACCUUGAACAAUUGAAACAGUUCAACAAGAUUUAUUACGGAAGAGAAGAUCACUGUGAACUUAAACUUUUGGAAACAACGAUUAAGGCCGGGGAAAGAAAUAAUUUCGAAGUAGCAGCUUAUUCGUUCGGCGCAGUGAAAGAGGAGGUUAGAAAACCGAACACCGUGAGGUUAGGAUUAAUACAAAAUUCAAUUGUUUUACCUACUAACAUACCAGUUUGUGAGCAAAGACAGGCAAUUUAUGAUAAAAUUGAACAAGUUAUAACUGUAGCAGCGUCAGAAAAUGUUCGCAUCAUCUGUUUACAAGAAGCAUGGUCAAUGCCUUUUUUUCUGUGCACAAAAGAAAAAGAAAAGUGGGCGGAGUUCGCAGAAUCAGCCACCCACGGACCAAGCACUUUAUUUCUUAGUAAGUUAGCAAGAAAGCAUGAAAUAGUUAUUGUAUCUCCCAUUCUAGAAAAAGACGAGUACGGUGUGUGGUGGAACACUGCAGUUGUAAUCGACGAGAAGGGGAAUUAUAUUGGAAAACAUCGCAAGAAUCAUCUACCCAGUGUUGGCAGUUUUAGUGAAACAACAUAUUAUGCCCCUGGCAAUACUGGUCACCCAGUUUUCGAGACAACAUACGGAAAAAUUGCAGUCAACAUUUGUUAUGGUCGCCAUCAAGCAUUAAAUUGGCUUAUGUUUGCCUUAAACGGCGCACAAAUAGUUUUUAACCCGUCAGCAACUAUCGCCGAAUUCGGAGAAACAUUUUGGGGUAUCGAAGCUCGUAAUGCUGCAAUUGCCAAUAGCUAUUUCACAUGCAGCAUCAACCGAGUUGGCAUUGAGGAAUUUUACGUGCAAAAUGAGAAUAAAAUCAGAACUUAUUAUGGUUCCAGUUAUGUCACAGCACCUGACGGAUCGAGAACGCCCGGUCUUUCCAAAAAUAAAGACGGGCUGCUAAUCGUAGAAACUGAUUUGAAUUUAUGUCGACAAAUGAGAGACAAAUGGAAUUUUAACAUGACUGUGCGUUUAGAUAUGUACGAAAAAUCCCUUGCGCAAUUCAAGAUACAAUAAAAUAAUUAAGGAUUAAAGUUCUAUUUUGUUGGGA